AUGAGCGCCGAUGGGGAUGUUGCCAACUUUAAAAAUGAACCCGGUCUUGAACUUAUUGGCACCUCAAAGAAGGCCUCGAUGAAAAAGGAUUUUCGAAAACAGUUCUCCUCAAAAGUGGGUGAGAAGUUUCCGCCCAACGAUGAGACCAGCAGUCGCAGUACAGUGAAUUCAAAUCUUGAUGAUCGAACAAAGAUGCCAGAAAGUAGUCGGAAGGCAGGCUGCGUUAUGGAACUGAGCGUACCGGCGGAUCUGAAUCCAAACAUCGAAGUUGGGGAUACAAAGAUUAAGUAUCAAUUGCGCGUAAGUUUUUUAACCAUCCUUUUUACAAAGACUUCUCUUGUUCAAUUUUUUCCCUCUUCGAACCUCACUCGGGGUCUCCUAACCGCAUCGGGCUCACCACCUUGAGAACUGUAAUCGUCAGUACUUCCCAGUUAUUGAUAGCUAGUCAUUACAUGACUGCUUUUUGUGCUCCAGGCCCGGAGCUCCGAAAUAAAUCUAAAAUGUUCACUUCUAUUCCGCAAUCGAAGUAUAUCAGAAACGCAGAUCUCAUAUGAAAGUUCGACGAAGCGAAGUCUUGUGGUUGUGUAUACGUUCACUUAGUCCCCUACUCUGUAUGGAUGUGUUCAACAAAAAGCAGUUUAAAGGUAAAGUGGUGAGUAUGGGAAACGCACGAGGACAGGUAGUUACAAAAAAAACACCGUAAAAUUCAAAAUGUUGUGGUCAGCGUCAAACCGGCUCUCAUAAAUUAGGCAUCAUAAAACAAUAGGUUAGGCAAUUCAGAAUACCUGCAUUUCUUCAUUACAACUAUCCGUCGGAUAUUCCUGAACUCAAAAUAGCGUUUCAAAUUCAGCUUCAGUCGAAAUUACACCCACUUAACCAGGUGUGUUGGCAUAAUUGUGUUCUGUAUGUAGAAGGCCUUUAAAGCACAAAUGUACUCUAUGCCUAUACUAAAAAAUAAUCUUUCGGAAAAGAACGAGAUGGGAAAUUGCUCCGAGCAAAUUGCUGCUUCAACGUGUUUUUUCUCAACUUUCAGGUACACAUGGACGUAAAGGGCUCCCGAAAGUCUGAAAAGUUGGAUCAACCCAUAACGAUUUCGGAGGAACUCCUGCCAAAUUACAAGAUGCAGUACAUUAACUUCGUCGACUAA